UCCCGUUCUUAGUUUAUCACAAAGUAGCCAUCCAGGUGUCGGCGGUUUCGAUCUUUCUUCUUCCCGUGUCUUCGAUCCCACUUCUGAUUUCUAAGUAACGCGCGAUUAUGUUCUUCGUUCGACUUCCGUGAAAAGAAAAGUUGUUUGAUCAUUUAUAAACCACGAUCGUCGAUCAAAGUGCCUCGUAAAAAGUCAUUUCUCUCUCGCGAGAAGACCGAUCGAUUUUCGUGAUUAUUUGUUUGCAUUUUUGCAGACGAUAGUCGGAACGAGAAAGUGACGAGUGUCAUAUUUCCUUCCAAGAAGAGAGAAGGAUGUCGUCCGCAAGAAUAAAUCUCGUUUUGCUUCUGGGAUUCUGCUGCGUUUUCUUGGUGUUCUGCGAUGAUCAGAACGUCACGGAGACCGCAACCGGGCUUAACGAACCGGAAUUUGAAACUCCCGAGUAUCUACUACCAUGCAGCAGGAAAGACCCAAAGAUCGACUCUUGCUUUCUUAACACGCUUAUGCAUGUCAAGCCGUACUUAGUGAAAGGUAUUCCAGAAUUGGAUUUACCUCCGAUCGAGCCGCUUACAGUACCGGAAGUGAAGAUGGAAAACGGUCAGGGUCCGGUGCGCAUCGUGGCGUAUUUCGGCAACGUUACCGUGAUGGGACUUAGCAAUUACACCGUUCACAAAGUGCGAAUGAAUAUAACAGCUUACAGAUUCGAUAUUUACUUAUCGAUUCCCAAACUGGAGCUUCAGGGCAAGUAUGAUAUCAACGGUAACAUCUUACUAUUCCCCAUACAAAGCCAGGGAGAUUUCACGGCGGUAUUCGACGACAUGAACCUGGUGAUUCGCACUCAAGGUGUGGAAGAGGUGAAGAACGGCGUGCGUUACAUGAUAUUCAAUCGGGUGCUGAUUAACUUUGAACUCAGCCGGGCAAAAUUCCGCAUAAUGGACAAACAGAACGGCGACAACGUGCUUGGCCAGGCGCUAAAUCAAUUUCUGAAUCAGAACGCCAAAGAGAUAAUCGAGGAGUUGAAACCGGCGGCGAAUCUCAGCAUCUCCAAAGUGUUAAAAACUUUCAUGAACAUGGCUUUCAGCAAAAGACCGCUUAAUGUCUGGAUGCACGACAUGUAAUGGUAUUUUUUUUUUUUUUUUUUUUUUAUUAUGUGUAACAAUAUAAAGUACAAAACGUGCACAUGUAUACAGGAAAAAAA